GGCUGCCUGCUGUUCUCUGGUUCUAGGCGAACGUCGGGUCUUGCCUUGUCUGUCUCGCAUAGUUCUUGAGUCGUCUGUCAUUACAGUCGGUAUACGCAUUACACCAUCGAGAUGGUCUGCUCGACGUAUUCGGCUUUUACGAGGUAUGCCUAGACUGCAAAGAGCGAGUGCUACACGCUAGUCGAUUGUCUCGUCGACGUCCUAAAACCAUGUCGGCUACGAUCAAUUGCGGCGAUCCCGAGAAGCAGAAUAAAAUGUGACCGCAAGUACGAUGCACAUCGCCGUGUGAUACCCGCCUUCACGCAGCUCCAUCCAUCGUGGAGCUCUUAAAUAAAUUCGCGUUAAGUGAAUCGCUUUUUAUCCAGUGGUGUCUGCGACUUUAUUAUUGCAUAAGUGUAACCCAGCGAGUUGGACCACUUUGUCUCUCGGUUUAGCGCUGGGCUCGUCCCCGCGUUUGUGAGUGUGUGCGCGCGUUGUAAAUUUCGUCCGGCCGCUGCCAAAAUCAGCCGAAAGUGAGGCCGUCGAUAACGCAACAAUAUUGAGAAAACGCUCUCAUUCCGCAAAAUCAACAAUUGGCGUCGAAGUUUACGUUGGGUUGACGAUCACAGCUUUACUACUCCCGUUAUUUGGUAGAAAUAUUAUCAAUGCGGUCAUUCGGCUGUUGAGCACGCGCAUACUUUCUGAUUGUAUGAUAUUAUGGAAAGAGCAAUAUGGAAAUUGGUGUGUUGUUUAGUUUCACUAUUGUUUCUGGAGUUAUGUAAUGGAUUACCGAUUGGAUUGGACCAUACUUAUGGAGAUGGCCACACUCAGUUUUUAACUGGUCUCAUUGCAAUCCUCCUCACAAUAUGUGGAGUAGUCUGCCUUGCGGGCUGUAUGUGUUGCCAAAGGAAGGAUGGAUUUAAGGGCAAACCUUACGAGAAAAGCGAACAGGAAUUCCAAAAUACAGUUGUGGUCGAAAAUGUGCCAAGCAACCUAGACCAUGGCCACAUUAAUCCAUUAGCGUCGACAACAAAUAAUCGUAACGAAUUUACAAUUUUUAAUCCUUUAACAAACGAUGCGCAUAUUCAACCAAAUGUUUUCUCACAACAAGAGAUUUUGGUGCAUAGCGAGGAUGAUUGGACGUACGAGAAUAUCGACGUCCGAUCGUGGUUUGGGAAAGGCGAAGUGGAAUUUCCCAGAACCCGCUUGAAGUAUAUUCGUGAGCUGGGCAAGGGUUGGUUUGGGCGCGUCGUGGAAGGAACCGCACAAGGCUUCGACAGCACUGACAAGGACGCUUGGAAGCCGGUUGUCGUGCGAAUUUUAGAAGCCAGUGCAUCGACGCGACAACGCAUUUUGUUCCUACACGACGCUUCGAUUUAUCGAUGUACACCGCACCCAAAUAUACUUUUGUUGUUGGGCAGAAGUUUGGACACUGUGCCACUGUUGCUUCUACAAGAGUAUACAAACCAGGGCGAUGUAAAAUGUUUCCUUAAGAAACAAACGACUUCUCGAGAAUCUUUUCUAAACAGUGACCUACCUCUGCGGUGGUGCUACCAUUUAACGUCUGCAUUAAAACAUCUUCACUCCGCUAACAUUAUGCAUCUCGAUUUAGCAACUAGAAACUGUAGGCUCACCGACACGUUAGAUCUGAAGCUUGGCGAUUACGGCUGCAACACAAUAGAUUAUCCAGAAGAUUACUAUGAUGGAACAGAGAACGUACCAAUUAGAUGGUGCGCUCCAGAAAGCGUGACAUGCACGGCAACAACGAUACAAACGAAAAACGUGACUCAAUGUAGCAAUAUUUGGUCAUUGGGUGUGUGUUUCUGGGAAGUUUACGAAUGCGGCGCACAACCGUACGCUGAGCUGACAGAUGAUGAAGUCGUAUCGAGAGUUCUGGGACCACCUCACGUGCGGCUUGCCAAACCAAAAACAAAUGUACUAUUCACCGAUUAUAUGUACCGCUUAAUGCAACUCUGCUGGUCUAAUAGUGAAUUGCGUCCAACCAUUAAUCAAGUUUACCCAAUGAUAGAAGAUCUAGUAAAUGUGCACAAGAAUUCAACGGAAGUUACGUACGACUCUUUGCCGGACUUUGAUCGACGCUGGGAUAGCUUUAAACCUAAUGUUAAGUUUGAUACUCACUUGACGCAGUGGAAUAGUGGUUUAGAUUCUUUCGACAAUCUCGACGAAUCGUGGACACCAAAUCUUUUUAAUGAUAUUCAGGAUAAUGAUUCAAAUCUGUCCAACGCUACUGCCGCGCAACCCGAGUUGAGAUUUAAGUUAGGCCCGUUAACCAGCAGCACCAUGAGGACAAGCAGUGAGAGUGAAACAGAGGACGAGAAUUGGAAGAGAAAAGUCGAGCGUGGACUGUACACUGAAAAGGUACGGCAGAAGUCACGCUCGGUUGCCGAUUUGAUGGUUCUGACGCACAUAGAUUGUUCUGAGAGUGAUUCGGAGACGCCGCUGCCAAGUAUUAACUACAAAAACGUGAGAUACGCAGUACCAAAACAAAAUCUCGAGAACGUUAGUUUAACCUUUGGCAGUGAGGGUAAUUUGCUGAGUGUACAGAAUACAUUCGAAGAGGAACUGAAGAAGCUGCAAGAGGAGCGCAGGGAUAGUCUGCUGUUCGUACCUGACUCACAAUCACAGAGCGCAUUGUCCUCACCAUCGAAACUGCUUGAAGAUCUGAACAAUCCGUCUGCCAUUGAGCCACCAAAUCAAAUAUUUAAUGUAUACAAUGUAGUCACAAUUAGUCCCUUGCGCACCCUCGAACUGAACAAAAUAAUUAAUUACCAAGACGACAUUCAGGAUCCUUUACCAGAUAUUGUUUACAAUACGAACGAAAUCUCGAAACGGGAAAUUCCGAAAUUGUCGGAAAUUAUUGAAAAUAACAUAGAGUUGAUGGAUUAUAUUAUUGCCAAGUAUGAUCCUGAAGAUGAAUAUUUACAAGUUGAAGUAAUCGAAGAAGUGGCAAACGAAAAAGUACCUGAUGUCGAAAUCAAUGACGUUCACGCGGAUUUAGUUAAGGGCGAAACCUCGGAGAGCGACGAAUACGUUACGGCAAAUACGCACACGGUUACGGAUACGGACGAAAUUACGGACAAUACAAGCGCAUCGGAUCAGCCGAUGAAGGUGAAGAGCCUUCUCGUAAUCGACACCUUACUAGAAGAAGACUCGAAUGAAAAUUCAUGCAACGAAUCAUCACCAAAGAAAGAAGCGCUGUCGGAGUCGCUUGAUGAUGAAACGGAGGACUUCUUUACACCGAUGUCGCAACAAAACUCAGAAUCCGCCGACGAACUCACUUUGUCGGAUCGCACGUAUUGCUGUGACAAACCGGUAAUUGUAAGAAAUGCCGACGAAAUUACAGAGACUGUGCCAAAUUAUACAUUCACUAACGUAGUUCAAAACGGUAAUCACGAUGAUGGUGUGUUAAAAUGUGAUAAACAUGAUCACAAAGCGCAAAUUGAAACACUUCAAAGUGUGCUUAAUGAUAACUCGUUUGAUACUACGAUUCAAAAACAGGCGCCGACUGGGAAUCAUACGAUUUCAACGACACAAGAUUUUCUUAACAAUGAAAUAUUGGUUUAUGAAGAUUCCAAUACCGGUGAAUGUAUGAGUGAUGAACGGGAAAUGGUUUUGCCUGGUGCAUUGACUAGCAUGGAUAUGUUGACAAGUACACCUUGUCCCAAUCGACUAAAGGUAUCGACAUUACGAUCUGCCGAUAAUGAUUCAACCUCAACUCAAGCGACAACCGAUGCUAGAAAAGCCGACUUAAAAUAUUCAUUAGAAACUUGGGACAACUUUCUGGGUAAGAGUUUUGAUGAACAGCAUGAGUUUGAUGAUUACUCUGAAGAGCCUAUGAGUUUGCUGUUUACGGAAGACAAACAGAAUGAACUUAACGAAGUAGUGCCCGAAUGUAGUGAUACCAAUACCACAGGACAGAAGGAACUAGCCUCGAAUGCUACAUUUGUGAAAGAAAAUGAUAAAACUGUGAACGAUACUACAUUUGGUAAAACAUUUAUCGAGAAGGAAGCGAAUGCAACAUUUGUUAAGCAGGUCGAUGUUAAAACGGCGCGGAUGUUACCAUUAGCAGUUGAUCACAUUCAAAGUGAUAUAGAAACCACAAAUACGAAUUUAAAUGAUUCAUUCAAUCCGGAUGAUAUCGUUUUGAAUGAAAACGAGACGUUUGUUAAGGACGUCGAUCCGAGCGAUAUUCAUUUGCAUAUGCAGGACGACGUUGAAUGUUACAACAAUCCGGGUUAUUGGGAGUCAGAGAACUCCGGCGGUUGGUACUUACAUCCUCAAGAUAACAAUGAUGAUGAUCUGCAGGGAGAAAUCGAUACGUCGCAGAAAGACGAUAGUUACAUACGUUUUAGUAUGGACGAUGAAGUCAUGGCCGCCAUUCGGAAUGAAUUGAUGAUCAAGUUGCCACAAGCACAGAAAGCCGCGUGUGAACAAAGCGAGGAAGCGGACGGCGAGUACGAAACAACCGAUCGCAAUGAAGUGUUCCUUCGAUAUAAUUGCUUUAAUAUGCCAUUAUCACCAAUUCCAGAAGAAAGCUUUAGCGAAUAUUUAAAUUCAGGCCAAAGUACACCUCAUUGCACAAUUAACACAGACUUGGGCGGCAGUGACAGCGAUAGCGAUUGGUCGGAAGCUGGAUUGGGUCCCGCAUCGCUCGAAGAAGAUACUCACAGUCCUAGGUUAAUGGAAAGUCCCCAUAAGGGAACCCAGAAUAGACAUACACCUAGUCAAGACUCUUGUUGUUCCAAUGAUACGUUGUUUAAUCUUGAAGAACUUCAAUGUAACGAAAAACAAUUGCAGGAAAUCGAAGAAAGAAAACGCAGACUGGAAGAGAACGAGCAAUGCAUAAGAGAAAUUGUAAAUGAUGCAGUCGAUCUCGCGCUGAUGCUUAGUGACUCAUCAUCAUCUGGACCCCAUGUAAAUUCUGAUAACGAUUGCGACAUGCAGCAGGCUGCAAUGACGCCCAGCGAAAGUGAAAACUUUGAUAGCAUGCCAUCCAGUAUUGAUGUGACCGUAAUUAAAGUAGAUACACGCGAGAAGGCGCCGCAAGCGUUCGAGCAAAUGCCGUCUCCCAAAGUAGUCAUUCAGGAAUUUAUCGACAAUGAACGGAACGCUUCGCUACACCGUGUCUCAAAUACAGACGAGCAACCAAACAGUUCUGAAUAUUUGACUGCUAAUGACACUGUUUGUUUUGCUCUGCAAAACGUAGCGCCGCUUAACUCGCCUGAAGAUAGACCGUGGAAACACAUAGAGGCUUCACUCACAAAAUGCCCUGAAGUGCCACCGCAUGCCGAUAAUUCUUUAAAUCUUUACGAUUAUGUUGAAAUACGACCUGAGCCGGUUAUGUUUAAAAUGCAGGGAGAUGCUUACGAGAAGGAAAUGAAUGUUAAGAAUACGCUCAGCUGUAUACAAACAGAUGAUAUCUACGAUUGCAUUGAAUCGCAACAGCCGGAUAUUUGCAGCGGCAAGGUUUUAUACGCCAAUGAUUCGUACGAGGUACCAGCGUACGUGAACGAUGCAGUUGAAGACGAUCGCGUUUAUGAGAGCGUCGCUGGCGAUGAAUCGGAGGGAGUCGAGUAUGAAAACGUCAAUGGGAAUAAUAGUUUUGACGACGAAGAUUAUUGCCCGUUGGGUGAUAUUCGAUUUUCGGGACCCGGCGACGUUCAAAUGAUGACGACGUCGUUCAGCGAGAGCAACGAUCUCGGCGACGAGCAUGAUUGGGACAGCGGUUCAGACACUAGAUCCAGUUCGAGUGGGGAAUUUAUUUGGAAAGAAGGCGAACACGAGGCAUCGGUUAAGGCAUUACAGGCUGCACCACAAGCUGAAGCUACAAAGGAAAUUGAAUUAAUGGACGAUGAAGACACGAGUAGCUGUAGUGAUGAAGAUGGUGAUGGUAUUGAGUUCGUUCCCUCCGCAUGGGAUAAAUUCGCCACUCCAACAAAGUCAGCGUUGCGUUCGCCGGAGAAAUCUUUGGAUAGCAACAUGAAGAAAAAUCGAGGCGUGUCGUUCAAGAAACAGAAGUAUCACUGUGUGUAUGAAUAUCCUAGGGAACCGGAGUCAACGGUUGUAAAUAACUAUGACUUAUGGAAAGAUUCUAGUUAUAUAGAUUGGGAUUUAGAUAGGAAUUCAGAUCCGUUUUUGCCUGGUACAUCAGAUUAUCAUGAGACUGCUAGUUCUAGUGAUUUAAAUCUCAUACAUAACCAGCAUAUAAGUUACGAUUUUACAGGGUCUUCUACUUUAGAUGACGACUUUUACAUAAGUUCGUCUGCCAAACCAUUCGAUAUGCUUGGCUCGGCCACAUCACAAUUUUUCCCCGGCAAACAUUGCGAUUGGUCCGAUUUGACGAAGAACAACGAUAACGUGACUCCGGACAGCGGCGUGGAGGACAUUACGCCGGGCAGCAUGAGCGAUUCAUCUGAUUAUGUACGUCCGAAUCGGCAAAUACUCCCCUUGAAAACGUUAGCGCAACUCGCUGCAAACAAGAACGUCAACGUUGGCAAUAACGAAAUAGGCGGGCUGCGGCAUACGCGCAACCGAUUGAAACUUGAUCUGCCCCCGAGUCCGAAUGCCUUCACCAAAUCGAAGUCGUUCUCUGUAGAGUCCCCUGAGGUACCGCUAAUGCCGCGACAGAUUCCGACCUUCACCACCUUCGGAAAAAGUCGCUUUGUCGUCCAACAGGUCGAUACAUCGACGAAUGUGGAUAGCAAGAGCAACGUAUCCUUCGAAGCGCUACCGUACAAACCAAUGUCGAAGUUGAUCAAGAAUGAUCUUAAUGGGCAUGUGGAUAAGAGUCGAAUCGAAGUUGUGCGCGGCGAGGCUAGUCUGCUGGACAGCGCUGACGAAGAUAGUGGCAUCGAGUCAUGUACAUUGGAGCGCAAGAAUGUCUCCGAGGUCAGCGAGUAAGAGGUACUUUCCGCACUUAUGGAUAACCUCGCUCAGAUGUGCUAAAUUCAAAAGUAUUAGGAGUUUCGGGAAUAACCGUACCCGAGUGUAGGGACGAGGCAUAUAGCAAGCUGGUACUAACGUUUUCAAUUGUGAUCAUUUGGGAAUUUUUACAGUGAAGUUAAUAUUAAUUUCUUAUCUAUUGUGAUAUCUAACAAUUAAUCAAAUAUACAUAAAGAACACGGAAGAAUACUUAGUGAUCAAGCGAACAUUUGACAUGAUUUUAUUUUUACUUCUCAUAACGAUGAAGUUAACACUAAGCCAAUAGAAAAAAUCAAUAUGAUUAAAGCAACCAAUUUAAUCAAUUUUACACAAAUGUACGUCCUGUCUUGUCCGUAUUAAUGGAAUUUGUAGGCUGAUCUAAUCAGUAUUUUAAUGUGUACGGUGUCGUUGAUUACAAAUUUUCUAAUCGUACCUUCCCCCUCUAAUGAAUGAAAUAAUUAUAUAUUAUACCCUAUUAUGUAGAUUUGUAGUACAAGAGGUUAGUACUAAUACAAAAUGUGAUCGGUUGAAUCUUUGUAGUUGUAGAUGUAUAAUAUACUUAUAUUAUAAAUAAUUAUAAAUACCAAAA